AUGUCUGCCACACCCGUCCUCACCAAGAACGCCGCCCCGCCUGCUGGCCCUUACUCCCAAGCCAUCAAGACACCCAAUGCCAUCUACUGCUCGGGCCAGAUCCCCUGCGAUGCCGAGGGCACCUUGAUUGAGGGCACCAUCCAGCAGAAGACGGCCGCUUGCAUCGGCAACCUCAAGGCAGUUCUCGAGGAGGCCGGCUCCUCCAUCGAGAAGGUCGUCAAGGUCAAUGUCUUUCUGACUGACAUGGCCAACUUCGCUAGCAUGAACGAGGAGUACGCCAAGUGGUUUGUCCACAAGCCCGCCCGGAGCUGCGUCGCCGUGAAGCAAUUGCCAAAGGGGGUUGACGUUGAGAUUGAGUGCAUCGCUCUUCCUUGA